ACUCGUGUUCUCGAAUUUACAAUGCCUCGUGGACUGUGGCCAUAAAAGACCUUGGCAUGCAAUUUCUCGGACCGUGUGGCUCCUGGCGUCCUCCAUGCCUUCCCCCGCCUAUAUAUAGGCUCAUUUGCUGUGGAUAUUGUCCUCUCAGGCUUUUCUAGCUCCGCUUCCGAGCCACACUGGUAAUAGCUUCGCACAGCGAGUAUUGUGCUGACUCUUACAGCCCUCCACUCUUCUUCCCUUUUUCCUUCAUCCUUCGACAUGGAUAUCACCGACGCCAAACACGCGGUCCUAAUUAAUCCGAACGACUACGUGAAUUGGGAGCACGACUUCGAGAUAAGCCGAACUGAUCGAGGGGAUAUGCAGGUGGAUGUGAAUAUGGAGAAUGGUCAGCACGAAGGCUUGUCGUCUUCAAAAGAUGCCGCCGAUUUAAGCCACACUUCAAUGCCCUCCUGCGAUACGACCUCACAAGCAGAUGCUCACGGCUCCGACACCUCCUCGCAGCCUAGCCGCUACAGCUUCCCGGAGAGUGCCCAAUACCAGCCAACUGAUGUUCGGAUGGGCUAUGAAUCCUGGGAAGUACAUAAUCCAGCGCACGAUGUCCCUAUACGAGAAGAUGAAGGACCUUCCGAGUCGAUGCCUCUUCACAACGUCGUUGGUGUACUCGAAGCAAUUGAAAGCCCCGAAGGCCACAGCCCUCCAUCGACAGAUGAUGUGCAAAUGUCAGAGCAGCGGGACGUCCAGCCACCCACUAACAGUUCGCAACCUAGUAAUGUAGACGCGCGUGCUCGUGCUCGUUCUCGUUCGUGUUCGAUCGAGAUACCUCUUAGUUUGCUCCUGAAGGGGGUAAGCCCUGAGUCGUCAAAUCCGAUUCAGUCCAAGAGCGAAUUCCCCCUCGCUGCAACUGUGCCUGCUGGUGCCCAUAAACAUCGCAAGAUUCUUCCGGCUCUUCAUCAUAUCAAACGCGAAGAACUCACCCCUCCAAUCCCAGCUACUGCCACUCGGAAGAAAGCACUCGGAGGACCUCCUCGGUCACGGAAGAAAGCGCGAGCUCGCGGCGGAAAAGGAGCACGGUCCCACCACGCUAGAGACGACGUGCACGAUGAUGAGCCCCCUCGCAAGUGCGGAUGGGCAGAGGACAGCGAGCCGGCAUGCGAACAACAGUGCCAUGGAUGGAGAGAGUUCUCAAAACAUGUCAUCGUCGAUCAUGCCGGUGACUUCAAGAAGGGGGAUUCGGUCGAGUGCUGCCUUCCUGACUGCGGGAAGGAGAUCAAGAAGGAAAACUUGUCGAGGCACAUUCAGUCGCAUUAUGGACUGUUCGGGCCGUGUCCUUGUGAUAAGUUCUUCAGUCGGGCUUGGGCUUGGAAGCGCCACGAGGGUACCUCCGGUUGCAACCGAUCUUGCAAGGAGGAAGUGGACGGGGAAGCACCGGGAUUGAAGGAAGCUGUCAGUCCUUCUCGUCCAAUACGCGUGAUUGGUUCCAUGGUUUUGGCGAAAACGGAGGCACGAAGGGCGGUGCUCGUGCGCAAGACUCGGGCAGCAGCAGCAAAGAAUGAAGUAUCGUCUAGGCUGAGGCCGCGAAUCACGACUCGGAAGAAGAUAGUACGACAGCGCUCAAGCUUGCCGGUCACUGGAAGGUCCAAGAAGGUCGUUGCCUAUUAUCAGCAUAUCAAGCUCGUGGGCAAGAUCAGACGCAGUGUUAGCACUGUUCUCGAAGGCUCUCAGUGCAUGGAGAAGGCAGACUCCGAAGAACAUGAAAAACAGCCUGGACCUGAACACAAAGGCGAGUCGCCUGUUGCUAUUAUGGAGGGGAAAGUCGAGGAGAACUCGGAGGCCCCUUGCUUGCCAUGAGUUGCGCCACGGGAUUCUCUAGCGAUAUGUAACACCAUCUCUAAAACUGUCUUGUUCUUCCUACUUCCCUUCUAGUAUUAUCAUGAUUGUGUAAUAAAAUCUC